AUGGCAAAAAUGGAGGUGAAGACAUCUCUUCUUGACAAUAUGAUUGGAGUUGGAGAUAUGGUGCUUCUUGAGCCCCUUACUGAGGAAACUUUUAUCAGCAAUCUCAAACAACGCUUUGAUCACAAUGAAAUAUAUACUUAUAUCGGGAGUGUGGUAAUAUCAAUAAAUCCAUACAGAUUGCUCCCAAUUUAUUCAGCAGACAAAGUGGAAGAAUACAGAAACAGAAACUUCUAUGAACUCAGGCCCCACAUUUUUGCCCUGUCUGAUGAAGCAUAUCGAUCGUUGAGAGACCAGGAUAAAGACCAGUGUAUACUUAUAACUGGAGAGAGUGGAGCUGGAAAAACAGAAGCCAGCAAACUUGUCAUGUCUUAUGUGGCAGCAGUUUGUGGCAAAGGAGCAGAAGUUAAUCAAGUAAAAGAACAACUUUUACAAUCCAAUCCGGUGCUUGAAGCCUUUGGAAAUGCCAAAACUGUAAGAAAUGAUAACUCGUCUAGAUUUGGAAAAUAUAUGGACAUUGAAUUUGAUUUUAAAGGUGAUCCACUUGGAGGAGUCAUUAGCAAUUAUCUCUUGGAAAAGUCCCGUGUUGUUAAACAGCCCAGAGGUGAAAGAAAUUUCCAUAUUUUCUAUCAAAUUCUGUCUGGAGGAUCAGAAGAUUUGCUCAAAAAACUUAAGUUGGAGAUGGACUUCAGUCGAUACAAUUACUUGGGUCUGGGCUCUGCAAAAGUAAAUGGAGUAGAUGAUGCUUCAAACUUCAGAACUGUUAAGAAUGCAAUGCAGAUCGUGGGAUUUAUGGACCAUGAAAUCCAGUCAGUAUUUGAAGUUGUUGCUGCUGUUUUAAAACUGGGAAACAUUGAAUUUAAACCAGAAUCUCGUGUGAAUGGAUUAGAUGAAAGUAAAAUCAAAGAUAAAAAUGAGCUUAAAGAAAUAUGCGAGUUGACGGGCAUUGAUCAGUCAAUUCUGGAAAGAGCUUUUAGCUUCCGCACUGUUGAAGCCAAACAGGAGAAAGUAUCUACAACUUUAAAUGUAGCUCAGGCCUAUUAUGCUCGGGAUGCUCUGGCAAAGAAUCUUUACAGCAGACUGUUUUGUUGGCUUGUUACCAGAAUCAAUGAAAGCAUUAAGGCACAGUCCAAAGUAAGAAAGAAAGUAAUGGGAGUUUUGGACAUCUAUGGCUUUGAAAUUUUUGAGGAUAACAGUUUUGAACAGUUUAUUAUUAACUACUGCAAUGAGAAACUGCAGCAGAUCUUCAUUGAGCUUACUCUAAAGGAGGAGCAAGAAGAAUAUAUACGAGAGGGUAUUGAAUGGACUCACAUUGAAUACUUCAACAAUGCUAUAAUUUGUGAUCUUAUAGAGAAUAACCAGAAUGGAAUAAUAGCUAUGCUAGAUGAAGAAUGUCUGCGGCCAGGGGCUGUUACUGAUGAAACCUUCUUAGAAAAAUUGAACCAGAUCUGUGCUACUCACCAACAUUUUGAAAGCCGGAUGAGCAAAUGUUCACGUUUCUUGAACGAUACUUCCCUCCCACACAGUUGCUUCAGAAUUCAACAUUAUGCUGGCAAGGUGAUGUAUCAGGUAGAAGGAUUUGUUGACAAGAAUAAUGACCUGCUUUACCGUGAUCUGUCCCAAGCUAUGUGGAAGGCCAACCACUCCCUCAUUAAAGCACUAUUUCCAGAAGGAAACCCUGUCAAGAUUAAUUUAAAGAGGCCACCAACAGCAGGUUCCCAGUUCAAAGCCUCUGUGGCAACAUUGAUGAGGAAUUUGCAAACCAAAAAUCCCAAUUAUAUCAGAUGUAUUAAACCUAAUGACCAAAAAGCAGCACACAUCUUCAGUGAUGCUCUUGUGUGCCAUCAAGUUCGAUAUUUGGGUCUGCUGGAAAAUGUCCGAGUCAGAAGGGCAGGUUAUGCAUUCCGUCAAACCUAUGAGCCUUGCCUAGAAAGAUACAAAAUGCUUUGCAAAGAGACAUGGCCACAAUGGAGAGGACCCGUGAGAAUCGGUGUAGAGGUCCUUUUUAAUAAGCUGGAAGUCCCUGAAGAAGAAUACUCUUUGGGUAGAUCAAAAAUAUUCAUCCGCAAUCCAAGAACCCUUUUCAAAUUAGAAGACCUAAGAAAACAACGUCUUGAGGAUUUGGCUACCUUAAUCCAAAAAAUUUACAGGGGCUGGAAGUGCCGCACGUAUUUCCUUCUCAUGAAAAAAAGUCAGAUUGUGAUUUCCGCCUGGUAUAGAAAAUAUGCGCAACAAAAGAAGUACCAGCAGAUCAAGCGCUCUGCCAUCAUUGUACAGUCUUACAUCAGAGGAUGGAAAGCUCGAAAGCUGCUUCGUGAACUGAAGCACCAGAAACGCUGUGAAGAAGCUGUUACAACCAUUGCAGCCUAUUGGCACGGAGCUCAGGCCCGAAGGGAACUGAGGCGGCUGAAGGAGGAGGCUAGGAAUAAACUUGCUAUUGCAGUUAUUUGGGCUUACUGGCUUGGAUUAAAGGCUCGGAGGGAGUUGAAACGCUUGAAGGAGGAGGCUAGGCGUAAGCAUGCUGUGGCAGUCAUAUGGGCUUACUGGCUUGGACUAAAGGUUCGUAGAGAAUACAGGAAAUUCUUCCGAGCCAACGCUGGAAGGAAAAUUUAUGAAUUUAUACUUCAAAAAAUUAUUCAGAAAUACUUUUUGGAAAUGAAGAAUAAGAUGCCUUCUUUAUCACCAGUAGACAAAAACUGGCCAGCAAGGCCUUACCUGUUUUUGGAUUUAACUCAUAAGGAACUGAAGAGGAUAUUUCAUUUGUGGAGGUGUAAAAAGUACAGGGACCAGUUUACGGACCAGAAGAAGCUCAUUUAUGAAGAAAAACUGGAAGCCAGUGAACUUUUCAAGGACAGAAAAGCUUUAUAUCCAGCCAGUGUUGGACAGCCUUUCCAGGGGGCUUAUCUUGAAAUCAGUAAGAACCCCAAGUACAAGAAACUGAAGGAUGCUGCUGAAGAAAAAAUUAUUAUUGCUGAAGUAGUAAACAAAAUUAAUAGAGCAAACGGAAAGUGCACAGCUAGGAUUUUCUUGCUCACAAAAAAUAAUGUCCUACUUGCUGAUCAGAAAUCAGGGCAAAUCAAGACAGAGGUUCCUUUAGGGGAUGUCAUUAAAGUGUCCAUGAGCUCUCAAAGUGAUGGUUUCUUUGCUGUGCAUCUCAAAGAGGGAUCUGGAGCAGCUGGAAAGGGUGAUUUCCUGUUCAGCAGUGAACAUCUGAUCGAAAUGGCCACAAAGCUCUACCGCACAAUGCUUAGCCAAACCAAGCAGAAGCUCAGCAUUGAAAUAUCUGAUGAGUUCCUGGUUCAGUUCAGACAGGACAAAGUGUGUGUGAAAUUUAUACGAAGCAACCAGAAAAAUGGCAGCAUCCCCACCUGCAAGCGAAAAAAUAACAGACUUCUUGAAGUUGCAGUACCAUAGUAACACACAUCCAUAUCUUACAUGGACAUAAUUCCUGCAUUGGUGCAAUUUUAUCCAUGGGAGGGAAUUUUGUGGAAUGGCGAAGAGCAUUCUGGUAGUGGCAAAUAGCUUUUCGGAAAGCUGUCGCUAAAAGAUGCAACUAAUCUUUUCAAUGCACACGUUUUUAAUUUUCAAAUGGUAACUUUUGGUUGAUAUAUACACUUUUUGGCUUCUGACGGUAUCUUAUGAGCAGGCAUUUUUUUCUGUAAUUCCUUUGUUUUUUAUUUCUUAAUGCUGCAUGUUACAAACCCUCAGGCUUUUAUGGCCAUUCUUGAUCUUAACUACCAGCUGUUUAGGUUGUCAGAAUAGCUUGAUGAUGAUCACUGUGUCAUUUUUCUUCUUGGGAUUUCUUCCAUGGUAAAACUCAGUCCAAAGCAUUAAUCAAAAAGAAACAUAGGAGCAGCUGACAGAUUCUGAGACUGAAAGCUAUAUUGUUAAUUGCAAACAGCAAUAAGCCAUAUGUAAAAUGAUCUUUAAUGGAACAUAGACCAGGAAACCCUAAUUCUGCAAAGCAGAACAUAUGUUUGAUCAUAUAUGCAGCACAUCUGCAUAUACUUUUUUUUUUUUUUUGCAGUGGAAAAAAGCCAAUGGUACUGCAUUUUCUAAUUGAGAACUUUUAAUGACUUUACAAGGGGAAGGAGUUACAAUAACCAUGUAGCUCAAGACAUGGUUUUGUGUGCUUCCUCCUAUCCCCACUUUUAAUAUAACUUUUUAAGAAUAAUUCCAAAACAUGCCAUUGUCUGCAUGGGAAAACAGAGGGUAAGUAAUCUAAACUUGUUGAAUGAAGGGUGAGAAUACAUGUUGUACCAUGUGCAAUAAAACAUUCAUACAACUUGUGAAAAAUUAUUUAUAAUAAUAUCUGUAGGUAAUAAAAAUGGUUGGGACAUGUUGAGUAUUCAUUGUUAUAAGGGCUGACACUAGCUUCACCGUAUGCUAAAUUUGUUCUCUGGAUCUACACUACAGUUAUCACUUUGAAGAAAACUAUCAUUUGGAGGACAAAUAUACAUUUGAUGUUAAUGAUGAAUAAUUGUAGUAUUGUGCUAUUUGGUACUCUUGUAAUAACCAUAUUUUUGUAUCUCAACUGGUUUUAUAUAAGUUGGUGUGCCUGAUAUGUAAAGUGUGCACAGAAGCACUUUACAAUCAAGAACUGCGGUCUAAACUUUCCAAGUACCAGUUACAUCUUCAAGACUUGUUUGAGCCAGGAGAAUUAGCCAAAAGCAUUGAUUUUUGGAAUGUUGUUUUCAAGUGUUUCAGUAGACAUUAGCUAAAGGAGAUGGCUGAAUGUGUUUUAUAUUGUUCGUGUAAAAAUGGUUUUAGAUCUGUUGUAUUCUCAGUCUGGUUAAGAAUUUGCCUUCAAGAAGAGAUUACUACCAAGAAGUGUGAUGCUAAACAGCCCAAGUUUAAAUA